CCUGACGCUUCUGUGAUUUCUUUAAUAAUUAUAAACAAAUUAAUCCUGUGUAUUGUAGGAGUAGAAUUCUUCUCGUCUUCAACUUUUUAGAACUUUAAACAUAUCUAUCUUUUUAUUGUUUUGUUAUUGUUGAUUAUUAUUUUAAUUUUGACACUAAUCAUAUCUAAUUUAUUAUUUUAUUUGACGUUUACUACCAAAACAUUAAACAAAACGAUCUCUGUUUGCAUCUACUUAAGAUAAUUUGUACGACUCGUAAUCAUGAGGGAGCCUGAACAUUUACGUAAAUUAUUUGUCGGUGGAUUAGACUAUAAAACUACAGAUGAAAAUCUCAAAAAAUAUUUCGAACAAUGGGGUGAAAUUAUGGAUGUUGUUGUUAUGAAAGAUCCGCAGACUAAACGAUCAAGAGGAUUUGGCUUUAUAACUUAUGCUGCAGCUCAUAUGGUUGAUGAUGCACAAGGUGCCCGUCCUCAUAAGAUAGAUGGUCGGACAGUCGAACCUAAGCGUGCUGUACCAAAAACUGAUAUUGGAAAACCUGAAGCAGGGGCAACAGUUAAAAAAUUGUUUGUAGGUCUGUUAAAUGACAGCAUAACAGAAGAAGACUUAAAAGAAUAUUUUUCUCCGUAUGGUAAUGUUACUUCUGCUGCCCUAGUUGUUCAUAAAGAGACAGGGAAAAAAAGAGGAUUUGGUUUUGUUGAAUUUGAUGAUUAUGAUCCAGUUGAUAAAAUAUGUUUAAAAGGAUCGCAUAUAAUAAAAGGGAAAAAAAUUGAUGUCAAAAAAGCAUUGAGUAAAGAAGAAAUGGCUAGAGUAAAUGCUAGAAAUAACAGUAAUUCUGGAGAUAAUUGGGGCAAUGAUAAUCGAAGUGCCUGGGAACCAACAAUGAGAAAUUUUGGAAGAGGUGGAGGAUGGAGAAGUGGUAAUGACCCUGAUCCAUGGGAGUCAGGCCCUAGUUCUCGAGGAAGUAAUUGGGGAGGUCCAUCAACUAGUGCUUGGGAUAAUAGUUUCAGUGAUGGCUAUCAACAAAGUUUUGGUGCUGGACCCAUAAGAGGAAGUAAUGGCCCUUUGCGAGGUGGUGGAGCAGCAAGACCGGGACCUUACAAUAGUGGUUUUGACAGCGGUUAUAAUGAUUUUAGUAGUGGAUUUAGUGGCAGUAAUUUUGCUAGUGGGGAAGGAAGUGGUUUUGGUGGAAGAGGAAGAGGAGGUGUUCGUGGAAGAGGAGGUGGCCCUGUAAGAGGAAUAUCUGGAAGAGGUCCUGGAAACCCAAGUCGUGGUGGAAGGGGUGCUUUUGGACGAGGUGGAAGAGGAAGAUACUAACUACAUAAGGUUAAAAAAAGUAUGAGCUGACCCAAAAUGUUACAUAAGGGGUUUGGGUCAGGAGAAUUCCAACCCGCAGAAAUUUAAACUUGUGCAGGUCAUCAGGAAUCUUUUAUAAAAACUAUUCCUCAGUUUAUAUUGACAAAAAAAGAAAGGAAUCUUAGGCUUAAAGAUUUGUGUGUAAUUUUUUUUCUAUCUCAUAUGUGUCUUGAUUUCAACAUUUUAGUGUGAGUGAUAAUUAUUCUUAUAAAGUAGUAAAGAUUAAAGUCAGUAUUAUUCAGAACUGUAAGCAAAUUUUCCAAAUUAAAAAUUAUGUAGUAAGUUAGGCUUAAAUAAUAAAGAGAUAGGUUUAGACAACAUCCACAAAUUACAUUAGAGUAUAGAUAGUAUUAACAAUUUAUUAUUUUUUUUUUUUGAUUGAUAUGAGAAUUAAUGAUACUGUUUUAUAUCUUAUUUAGAAUUAGGAACAAUGGAUCAUUAUUUAGCUAAUUGAGUUUUAAUGAAAAAUUUCAUAAUGUAGUCCAAUUACCCUCUUAAUGAUUUAUGUUUGUGUUUGAUCGUUCUGCAUAUGUCAACUAAUUUAGGAAAUAUAGUGUGUAAUAAUUUAUUGAGUAUAGUUACUUGUAAUGAACAUUUUUUUUCAACUUAUAAUAACAGUGUUAAUUAUUUAAACAUAAUUAUGCAUAAUAUUUUAAUCUAUAUUUUGUGUGUUGUAUAAACACAUUACUAUACUUAUCAAAUAAGUUUUUCACUAUGCAAAUUCUUAAGUUUAUUCCUGUCUUUCGUUAAAAAAAAAAAAUAAUAAAAAUAGUGUAAAAAUCGAAAAA